UGCUAUUAACGAAUAUUGUAUUGUUUUACUCUCUUUCAUGAGAGUUGAGUGGAAAAUAUACACAAAUACGAUAACGAACAAUUUGACAGGAGAACCACAACAUUACACAUAUCGUGAAGAGUGAGAUGUCCAAUGUAUCCUAACCGGGUUAGGAUAAAGUCGAUAGAGCUCAAUGGCUGAGCGCCUCAGCCCUCGAAGCUCCGAGGUCAAUGCCUUGGAACAACGAGGCUAUCUUAUCGGCAAAAAAAUCGGACAAGGAUCGUACGCCACUGUCCAUCUGGCGGAGUAUUGCGAUUCAUCCAGCCCCAAGCGAAUGCACCUCGCCUGCAAAAUAUUCGACAAAGACAAAGCUCCGAGGGAUUUUUUAGAAAAGUUUUUUCCUCGCGAGCUUGACAUUUUAACUAAAAUAGAGAACCCGCAUAUCAUUCAAGUUCACAGUAUCCUACAGCGAGGGCCACGAGUGUUUAUAUUUAUGCGAUAUGCCGACAACGGUGACCUUCUGGAUUUCAUAAAGCGUAGCGGUGUCGUCCCAGAGAACCAAGCCAAACUUUGGUUCCGUCAAAUGGCCAGUGGCUUGCAAUAUCUGCACAGCAAGAAUGUUGCCCACCGGGAUCUCAAGUGUGAGAAUAUUUUGCUAUCGAGACGUUACAACGUAAAGUUGGCGGACUUUGGUUUCGCCAGAUUCUGUACCGAUGGUGACAACAGACGCGUACUGAGCCAGACUUACUGCGGGUCAGCAGCGUACGCGGCACCCGAAGUGGUGAGUGGAACCCCAUAUAAUCCAAAGCUUGCCGACGUUUGGUCUCUGGGAAUAAUUCUAUUCAUAAUGCUAAACGCUUCGAUGCCAUUCGACGACUCUAACCUUCGGAAGCUUCUCAAGGACCAGAUGUCCCGUAAUUGGGUGUUCCGAUCACGGAUUCGUGAUACGGUAUCUGCUGCGGCGAAGUCCAUAGUGCGUCAUAUUCUGGAGCCGGAUAUAACACUGCGGCUUACUCUGGAUCGCGUUUUGUCGCACGAGUGGACGAGACCUCGGAAGGACAAGAGCGCAAUUCUCAUGGGGCGUUUGGUACAGUCCGCCCCGUCAGCUCCGCAUUCACCAGGGAAGCAUGACGACGCCGGUACCUCUGCAGGCGCCCGAGUCUCGGGAGACCAUAGAGAACUGGAACGCGAGCGUCAUGAUGACAUCAACAUGCGCUCCCACGACUGAUAGUCUAUAUUCAAGUCUGUAUCUACAUACAGACUGCAGCAAUUACAGUUUUCUUUUUGUAUCAUAAGACUAAACUUUUUGACCGUCAAAAAUUUUAAAUUUCUUUUAUUAUUUUUAUAGGUAUACAUUUUUUUUUACAAUUGACGUCUUAACUAUUGUUAGUCGUCAAUAGUGAAAAUAAAGAUUUUGUAUAAAUAAAGACUGUU